AUGACCUGGUUUCAGUUUCUGAUCCUUUUCCUGUUGCCCCUGGCCGCCAUGUUUUUCUGCUACUCUUUCGUUAUUAAGGUUCUUUGGAAGAGUACCAAAGAACUGAAUAAGCUAACUGGACAAUCUGACGGAAAUAGUUGUAUGCAGUUACAACAGCUGCAAAAACAGCAACAACAACAAAAUAAAAGAACGAAAAUGGUUACCAUGGCGAUCACGUGCCCGUCUGCUAAAAAUAGAAACAGCGGUAUGACGUUGAUGAUGACGUCAGAGGGGGCCGUCAACAAGCGCGCGAAAGGUAGCGGGGAUUUGAAAGAUUCCCGCAAACAGGUAAUCAAGAUGUUGUUGGUAAUAAUCAGCUUGUUCUUCCUUUGCUUCGGACCGAAGUGGGUGAUUAACGUUUUGAAGAAACAUCAAACUGAGAACUUGUUCCUCGGAGAAUUAAUUUUCUUUCUCGGAAUCUCAGCAGACUACCUACCAUUCCUUCACACCUGCGCCAAUCCCGUCAUCUACUGCUUCCUCUCUUCCAGUUUCCGGAAAGGACUUCGACUCGCCUUUUCCGGUAUUAUAAAUAAAUGUCAGAGCUCCGGAUUUUGUUGUUGUUGUGGUGGUCGCCGUAGGUGCAACAACAACAACAACAAUAACAAAUGUCUAUCGACAAAUGGUUGCGGUUGCUGUUGUUGUUUCUGUAACAAAGUUUCAACAAUCGAAGAUGAGGAAUACGAUUCUAGUUGCGUCAUGCAAACUCAGUACUCGACCACUCUAAACAACAACAACAACAACAACAACAUCAACAACAACAACAAUCUGACACAGCAACAGUUGCUAAAGCUUAAAAAUUGUGAAUACAGCACCGUUGUCAGGUCCGAUAAAGAUGACGACCAUAAUAAAAUCGUACACAUUGAUGACGACAAUGAUGACGUCAUUGUCAAUAACAUCAACAAAAAUGACAACAACAACAACAACAAUAGCAAUAAUAAUAAUAAUAAUGACGCUAACAUGUCUACUAGAGAAAAAGAAGCAAUUGUCAAUAUUGAUCAUUGUUGA